CCUGAGGCUACAUAUAGCCGAGGCAAAGGACACGUCCUGUUUGUUAAGGCAGAGACGGGUCAGCGUGUGCGUGCAUGUGUGUACACACACGUGUAAUGGUAAAUACAUACAAGGCCAUAGUAUCCUUACAGUAAAAUGCAUGUGACAAAACGUUGUAAGGAGACGUUGUUAUGAUGAAUACAUUAUUUUAUGUUAGUUUACUCAUUUUGUAAAAUGAACGGAAACUUAAAGUGGAUAAAUGUAAACGCGACUGCAGAAUGUCGUCAUCGUUUUCUUUUUAAUGAAGUGACUUCUAGAGACAUUCGCGAUGGUGCGUUUUAGACGAGUGGCUUUCCGACAGCCCUUGAAUGCACCGUUAUCGGCGUCACGUGGCGCCCCAGCUGGACGGAUCGCGAACAAACAGGUACCGAACUUUGGUGAAGCGAAGAGGAGUCAUCAUCAUGUCCCUCCGGGUGCCGUUUGGUGCUCUGAGGACAGGAGAGCUGCGGGAGAUGCUGGAAGAUGAAGACAAAAUAAAUCAGACCAUCAGGUGCCGUGAGAAGUUUCAGGCGCUGCAGAGGGCUGCAGAGAAGAUGCAAGUUUCAAAUAAAGAAAUUGCCAAAAAAGGUCUUUCUCAAAAACCUAAAUUUAGAGACACUAAGUUGCUAUUAGCAAUGAAGUACAGGCUGCUGGAAAACCUUAGAAGCAUCAUCCAGGCCAAACAAGAACACAUUGCCGAAAAAUACAGUGUCCAUAAUGCUUUGCGGAGUCUCAUGCAGAAGAUAAAACAUGGAGAGCAAGAGUGUGAUAUGCUGUUUCAGAAGUUCGCAGAGGGGAACACCACGCUGGAAGAGUUCCUCAAUUCUUUUCUCAGCUUGCGGAAACUCCAACACAUCAGGAUGACUCUGGUGAAGAGACUGCAGGGAAUUGUUGAACUUGGUUCAUUCCACAGGCUCACUGAGAUUCACCCUGGACGUCAGCAUUUUCCCGCAGAGGAAAUACAUGACGACUGCCUCCCGCUGUGCAGCCUCACCGCAGCUGUUGUCUCACCCGCCUGCUGCCGCCCUGCAUUCCGUCUGCCCUUUGGUGGCCUCGCAAACACCGUUCACCGCGUUCACCAUUUACCACUUUGUCACGAUUACAGCGAGUCCCUUCGUCCAGGAGCGCAGGGACGGGGCUCCAAACGGCCAGAGAGACCCGUCCAUCUUCAGCCCCUGAAGGUGCAUCAGAGAAGACACCAACAGGCACCACGAUGAAGUAAAUCUCAGAUAUCUGCUUUGCAACAGGGAUAGCAAAGGGAAAAUAGUUAUUUCCAUUGUUAUCAGAUUUAAACUGGAAAUGUUCAUUAGUUGCAUGUCAGACAUCAGCUCGUAUUUCUGGAGCAGAGUGCGUAAUGAUAAAGUAUAAACGUAGAAAUUUAGAUGUUUACAUGAUCAUUUCAAUAAGAUUUAAAUAUAGUCAGCAGUAUAGCUUCAUACGUUUGACUAUCUCACUAACUGUGGUCUUAUUUAAUCCAACUGUUAAAUUGUCACGAUUCUAAAACUUUACACUAAUGAAAAAUAUGAUGAUAUAUAAUAUAUAACUCUAAAGGUUGUGUUAGUGAUCCUUAAUAAUCUUCCCUUUAAAAUAGUCCACCACAAUAUAAAUCCAGAGGGACAACUAAAUUCUCCUCAUGACUAUCUAUUUUUAAAAAUCUAAACCUCAAAUAAUUUCAUAACUAAUUCUAUGAUAAGAGGUUAUAAGAGGAAAUAAGAGGUUUCUUAUUAUUUUUAUAUUGGACAAAUUGGCAUUGAUGGUUUCCCACCAAAGUCUUCACCCCAAAGAGAAAGGAAAUCUAAAACAAAGGUAAUUAACUGUUACUUAACACAUCACAUUUAUGGAUUUAUCUGCAGGAGGUAGAUGAGCGAUAGACAGACAGACACAGAGGGAGAGAUGGUUUAAGGGAGAACAAUGGAGUCAGCAGACUGCAUCAACAACCGGUUCAUCCAGAUGACAACCACGCCGACUUUAAAUGGUUCACUGCUCCAGAAGCAAAUGUGGAGCAGCGUAUCUGGUGAGAUCAAGUGAGUGCUUCCUCGAGUCAGAAAUGUGUCGGCUGCUGUUGCCUCAGUGAACUUGAACUGCUCGCCGACACUCGAUGCCUGUGAACAUCCGUGUGCAGCGACUCCUGCCGAGGUCUGCAACGACGCUUUCAUUUACGCACUUUCCCCGCUUCAUCUUAGCAUUAACUACAUCGACUAAUGUCUUUUCAUAAAAAGGGCAAAGGUAAACGUGUAAAGUGCAUCACCUCUUCGGCGUCUUUGUGUGCGACCCAACCCUUUUGUUUGCAUCACAGACUUCAAUUACAACUUUGUCAGCAGCCUCUUUUGUCCCACAAGA